AUGCCACAGGCCGCAUUGUAUCACGGUAUUCUGCAGCUCCCGGAAAAUCAGCCGCCUCCCCGCUUCAUCCGCACAUCACCGUCCAUGUGGAAGAAGAACGCCAUCGCGGGAAAGGUUUCACGCGCCUGCGAUGCCUGUCGGGUCCGAAAGGUAAAAUGCAACGGUAACCAGCCAUGCGCGCCGUGCGCUCAUCUCAGCUUGGCCUGUGUAUUUGCACCACCCCCCCCAAAACGCAAACCGGGCAUUCGAGGCCGUCUCGUUGCCCAGCUGCGCAACAAAACAUCGACAGACGGACCGACCGGUUCACCGGCAGCGUCGCCGCCAUCAAACGCCCAGGCUGGCGGCUAUACCGGCAAUGACAGUGACCGUUCAUCGACGGGCCCGUCGCCUGGAGCGGGCGCCGUCCCGGUGACUUCAAUCGCAGGUAUAGUCGAUAACCCGACGAGCAGUCCGCGCCCAGAACCGCCGUGUACGAUUGGCGGAUGUGGCUUCUCGGCCGACUUCUUCCUCGGGCUGCUCCCCGAGUUCGAACAGCUUGUAUAUCCCGUCAACCCUGUCCUGACGCCGGCCGAGAUGCGGACGGCCAUUCACAAUAUGCACAGCAACUUUGAAGAUGCCGCCCUAGUACACGCCUAUGCGUCCGUGACCAUCAACCUCACCAAGACGUCGUGGACAAUGAAUGGAGUCGGCAUAGCUUCACAAAUGGCGACUCUGAUGCAGUACUGCUUUUGGGCGCACCGGAAAGCAGAAAUGGCCAUGGAGAGCGACGGAUAUACCGGCGGUUUACAGAGCGAGAUGCCAAUCACGGUCAAGCGCAUCAUGACGUGUGUCUGGCUCGAAAUCUCCCUCAUGGCAUUCAAGCGAUUUGACAGAAGCUACACCAUACUCCGCGAAGCAAUCAGCAUGGUGCAAAUGCUCAACGUGCACCAGUACGGCGAGGGCGGCCACCGUCUCAGCCGUGCAGAGACGGCCCGGCGCCAGAGGAUGUAUUGGGAGGUCUACAUCCACGAACGCUUCUUGUUCAUCAUGUCCGGGUAUCCAUGCACCAUGGCUCCUCUGCGCACCGGACUGCCCCUCCACGAUGACACUCUUCCCGCCCACGUCGCAGUCGGGUGGAAUCGCCUCAUCCUCCUCUUCCAAAUCAUGGACGAUGCCUUUCUCUCGUACUGGGCCGCACAACAAGUCCCCAACCCCCACCUCCCCGAACCAACGUCGGAGUGGAUAGAAGGCAAGCAGGCACGGCUCGACCAAGACGAGGCAGACGCCCUCGGCGCCGAAGAGGAAAUGGUAGCCGCCGGAUACGGCACACUCAUCGAGCUCCAACACGUCGACUUGUUCGUCACCCGCCUGUGGCUUCGGACCCUAGUAUGGCAGCUAGCCCUCUCCCGGGGCCUGCUCCGCUCUGCGCCAACACAAAACACGCACGAAGGCCUUUCUCUCCGUUUCCCCGCGCAACGGCUAUCCGCGCAACUUGGCAGCCUCGUUUCCCGCCUGAAGAGCGUGUCUAGCGUCGUCUUUCACGGGAGCGGCAUCCUCCAGAAACUAUUCGAGAUUACAAGCACGGUAGCAGACGUGCUGGCGCUUCCGCACCGAGGUGGCCACGCGGAAGCAGAGUCCCGAGCGAGAUUAAAAGACUUCUUCUACCUCGUCCAGUUCUUGUUCGGCUUCGAGAAAACGCAGCAACAUCAGAGGGAUUACUUGAGAGAGAAACUCGAGGUAUUGGAAAAGAUGUACACUGUCGUGGAUUUCAGGGAAUUGGCGGGCGCGAGCCCUCUGUCUGCAAGUUCAACAGGUCAUGUGUAUGAGUCGAUGCCAAAAGCUAGCUGA